GGUUUAAAUAUCGUUUGUAUCACUAUGAUUUCGUCAACAGAUCAGAGCAGUAAUGGCCACCAUGUUUCAGCACUUCACUCUGCGACUACUAAUAGUACACCUUCUUCCCCCGCAUUAUUGUCUUCUCCAUAGGACACGCUCACUCCUUUUCGCCCUCCCAGACCCAGAACUCCUUUGUCAAAAUUCUCCCCAAGAUGACGUACUCAGUUAUUUCCAGGCUCGGUUUCUCUAGUUAUCGUCAGAACCGCGACAUCUCAGAGUCUGCCGACACGACCCCGACUCCUAUCUCCACCACCAACACCCUCGAACGUCGUGGAAAAGCUUGCCCUACAAUUAAGCCCCACAAGACGCCCUCCUAUCGCAGCAGGCACCCAGUCGCGGCUUCUACUACGGCUGUCAAUACGGCUGCUACUGCUGGGAUUGACGACAUCUUUGCCAAUGACGACCUGGAGCGUCUUGCCGUAGCUUGCGAGACGAGCAGGCGUCAUAAGGCAUCCUCUUCUCGCACCCAGGAAGCCGCAGCCUCUACUCCGGCUGCUAACGCGGCUGCCACCGCUGGAAUCGACGAGAUCUUCGCCAACGACGGCCUGGAGCGCCAUGCGGAAGCUUGCACGACUACCAAGUCUCACAAGACACCCACCCGCAGUCGAACAGUCGCAGGUCCUAUUACCAGUGCUGCUGGAAUUGACGAUAUCUUUUCCGAUGACGCAGUUGAUGGUGCUGGUAUUGAACGCCGCGAAGAACCUUGCCUGUCAUGCGUCAAGAGCAAGAUCCUUGCCUCUUUGUCCGAGGAGGCUGCGAAAUCUGCUUCCAUGUUCGGCACUGUCAGCGAUUCCACCUUCAGCACCAUCACUGCCAGUCCCCCCACUGGCGUUAAAGACCCACUCUCGAUUCUCACGCCCUACACUCCUACCGUCCUUCCACGCGCGCCCGAGAUCACCGUCAUCAGCAAAUCGGGUAAUACGGAGUCGUUCACGGUGUGGACCAACACCAAAAUCGCCUUGGGCAUCGUGUGUAUAGUUCUUAUGACCAUGUUUUUCUGCAUUCUGGUCGUCAAUACAAAGCGCCUGAUCUGUGAGCACCGGAGCAAGCGCGCCAAUGCGAACAAGAAUGAGAGCGAUCCGGAGCCGUGUGAGUACUACGGGAAGUCCGUCGACGUCUGAUUUGUCCGCCGAGAACAAAGAACUGGAUGGCGAAACUUCUAUGGGGCGUUGGUCCUUUUGUUAGUGGGUUUCAUUUGCUAGGCUUCACAUUCCCUUUUGUCACCUGGAUUGUCGGUUCUGUAUGUCCGUAUGACUCUGGUAGCAGAUUUAAUGAAAGUGGCUUCUAUGCGCGUGGUUAGUUAGACCCCGG